UAUCAGGAUGUCAGGUGAUAUGCCCAUUCGUCUGUAUUAUGGCGAUGCUCCUAUACAAAUAUGUGAUAGCGGGGUGGAUUUGACUGUAUAUGCCUUCCAUGAUACUAGUCUGAAUGCACCGGAGCAUAUGGGUUUGAACGACGUGUUAGGGUGGUUGUAUAAUAUGUUUGGGGUAGAUCCAGUGCACGAUAAAUUUGUCAUAAAUGCCGUGUGGCCAGUGAGGGGUCAACAUGGAUGGCAGUGGAGAGUAGUGGAGGUUGCGUCAACUGGGAGUUGGAGGAAGUUUGUUAGUAAAGUAAGGGAGAAAGGCUAUAGCCUGGCAAUAGUGGUGCAGAAGACAAAAUGUGUUGAUCGAUCGGGGGAGUCAAGUCAUGCCGUGGUGGAAGAAACUCCGUUGGAAGGUGGACAAGCUGAAAAUGUUUGGCGGACUGAGCAAGGUCGAGGGGAAGAAGUAGUAGAGGGUAAUACACAAGGAGAGGUCAUUGUUUGUGGUACUAAUCGUGAGGCCAACGACUCGGACGAUGAAGAACCGGAUUCGCCUAUGCGUGUUGAUGCAGCGGAGGAGAAUGAGGCGGUAGUGGAUCAGAUGGAAGUGGAAAACGAGGAAUACAUUGCGCUUGUAGUGGAAGGAGAAGAUACAACACUGUGGGACAACGAAACUUACAUACCCGAUAAUUGGACGACCAUAUCAAUGAGUCGUAUGAAGGUAAACGAUGGUUUAGAUGCCCACUGGUGUUAUGAUAGUAAGCAGGUGAAAGUUGGACAGAUGUUUCAUGACAAAGGUCACUUACAAGAUGCGGUGAAGAGGUGGGCAUUUGUCCAGAAGCGUGAGUUCAGGGUGAAGGUUUCAAAUAGGACGACGUAUGACGUGAAGUGCAUACAGGGUGGAUGUCCUUGGAGAGUGCAUGGUUACAAGCCACAACAUGACACUUUAUGGGUAGCUUCGAGGGUUGAGCAACAUACGUGUUUGUUGGAGAAUACCCAUCUGGUGCACAGAAACCUGACAGCGGCAUUUGUGGCACAAAUGGUAUAUUCAAAGGUGGUUAGAAAAACAUCUUUGUCCCCUUUCACCAUAAUGCAUGACGUUGAGAAAGAGUACGGAUAUGAGAUAUCGUACGACAAGGCUUGGAGGGCAAAACAGAAAGCAUUGGAGAUGAGGUUUGGAACUUAUGAGGAUUCUUAUCACAAUCUUCCCCCACUAUUGGAGGUGAUGCAGGCAAGAAACCCGGGCACACACAUGGCUAUUCUCGAUGAGGUGAAUGAAUAUGGGGAGAAUGUUCUUCGUCGGGCUUUCUGGUCAUUUGGGUGCAUGAUAGAGGCCUUUAAAAAUUGCAUUCCUUUGCUCUGUGUUGAUGGCACUUUCAUGACAGGCAAGUACAGAGGAACAAUUCUAACCGCGAUCGGAGUCGACGCGGAUAGCCAUGUCGUUCCUGUUGCUUUUGCAUUUGUUGAAAGCGAGAACACAUCAAGCUGGCUAUGGUUUUUGCGGCACAUUAAAAUGUGUGUUGUUGAAAACAGACAAAAUGUGUGUGUUCUGCAUGACCGACACGCCGGUUUGCUAUCAGCGAUACAGAAGCUUCAAGAAGAUGUCACACAGUCCGUGCCAUGGCCAGAUUUACAUAGCAGAUGGUGCAUGCGACAUUUUGGGGCUAAUUUUUAUAGACAAUUCAGGAGUAAGAGAUUGAUGGACCUGUUCAAGAAGUUAUGCAAGCAGAAUCAACAAAGAAAGUUUGAUGCCAUAUGGGAGCAACUGGAUCGUUUGACCACUAUACACAUGGAAGAGGUUAGGAAAAAACCCAUAGUUGCCAGACAGGAGGAGCCGGAGGGACUUGAACCCAUUCCUAAUGAAGCACCAAGUAUUACUCGGCGCAGGAAACGUGGACGGGCCACGAAGUGCUUCACGGAGUGGGUAGAAUUUGAGCCAAGGGAGAAAUGGUCGUUGUUGUACGAUACAGAUGGAUCGAGGUAUGGUGUGAUGACAACAAAUCUUGCUGAAGUGUAUAAUUGGGUUAUGAAGAAUACACGACCUCUACCACUUGUUGCUAUCCUGGAGGGCAUCACGAGGGGUACACAGAAGUAUCUCUGUAAAAGGUAUUCCAUGGCUAGUCUGAACCUCAGCAAACCCGACGGUACAAGAGUGGGAGCACGCAGCUGAUAACUUGGCACUUCAGACACCUCCAGACGAUGGGAGUUAUUAUGGAGCUUACCUUCGUUGGUACCGCAGUGUUACACGAUGGAGGUGUUUUCCUCCACAAGGAGAUAGCACCGUCCCCCACCAGGCAGCGAUUACUGACACGUUUGCCCCUCAGCCUAGAUCAGCUUACAACUCAAUGGCGGAAUUUGUUGAGCACGUUCACGUGGAGUCCGACACCCUGCUGCAAAGACUAGAGGCGAGACCUCCAGUCGUCAGGUCUGACGACGUGGCGAGUGUCCUUCGCAACUUCCGUGCACGUGCUGCCGCACUACUACGUCGUGUCUCCUGUCGGAGCGCGGCAGAU